AUGCGGGGACUGCGCUUUACCCCGAUCCUCACGAGUCUCGGCCUGCUGUCGUUCCUUCCUCACACCCUUGUCCUUGCUGAAGGAGAAACCAAGAUACACGAAGAGGGCCGCUGUGCGAUCCGAGGACAUUGCGGGAAAAAGUCGUUCUUUGGCGGAGAGCUGCCGUGUCCAGAUAACGGUCCUGCAAGGGAGCCCGAGGUAUCGGCGAGGAAGAAGCUGGUGAACUUGUGCGGUAGCAAAUGGAAUGAAGGGCCUGUUUGUUGUGAAGAAGAGCAGAUCGAUGCACUCGCCAAGAACCUGAAGCUUGCUGAGGGCAUUAUUGCAUCAUGUCCUGCGUGCAAAGACAAUUUCUUCAACAUCUUCUGUACCUUUACCUGUUCUCCGGAUCAGUCUCUAUUCAUCAAUGUCACACAAACCGAGAAGGCCAGCUCCGGAAAGUUGCUUGUUACCGAACUUGACAACGUCUGGUCCGAAGAAUACCAGAGCGGCUUCUAUGAUAGUUGCAAGAACGUAAAAAAUGGUGCUUCUGGUGGCAAAGCCAUCGACUUCAUCGGCGGCGGCGCGAAGAAUUACACACAAUUCCUGAAGUUCCUGGGCGACAAGAAGCUGCUUGGAAGUCCUUUCCAGAUCAACUACAAAACAGAGCCCCCGUCACCCGAUCGGGGCAUGAGAGCCUUGCCUAUCAAACCGAAGGCCUGCAAUGACCCUGACGAGGCAUUCCGCUGCUCCUGCGUUGAUUGUCCAGAAGUCUGCCCGGAGUUACCAGAGGUGAAAACAGACAAAUACUGCCACGUCGGCUUGUUGCCUUGUCUAUCCUUCGCGGUCAUCCUGAUCUACUCCAUAUUCUUACUAGCGGUCGUGGCCUUUUCUAGUUACUUCACGUACAGAGAACGACGUUAUCGCAAGCCCGAGAGGGUUCGGCUCCUACAGGACCCAUCUCCUGAUGACGAUGAGGAUGAGGGCGAUAUCGUUCAUGCUGCUGGGUCGCUGGAGCAACCUUCCGGCAUUUACAAAGUGAACUCUAUGCUUGACGCAAUGUUCAAUAGCAUUGGGGGUACUUGCGCUCGAUUCCCAGCCAUCACUAUUGUAACUAGCAUAGUGCUCGUUGGCCUUCUGAGUCUGGGUUGGCUCCGGUUCGCUGUCGAGACAGAUCCUGUACGCCUCUGGGUGAGCCCUACAUCGGCAGCAGCGCAAGAAAAGGAGUACUUUGAUACCAACUUUGGACCCUUUUACCGAGCGGAGCAGGUAUUUGUUGUCAACGAACAUGGACCGGUUCUGAGUUAUGACACGCUCAGCUGGUGGAUUGAUGUUGAAUCUCAAAUUCGUCGAAUGAUCUCUCCAGGUCGCAGUUUACUACUCGACGACGUCUGCUUUAAACCCACCGGGGACGCGUGUGUGGUUCAGUCAAUAACGGGCUAUUUCGGCGGCUCAGGAUGGAACCUCCACCCGGACACAUGGGAGGAGCGGGUUAAGCACUGUGCCAGCUCUCCUGGUGACCCGAGCUGUCUCCCUGACUUCCAACAGCCUCUCAGGCCUGAAAUGAUACUGGGUGGUCACGAAGAGUCGGGAAACGUCCUCGACGCUCAAGCGUUGAUUACUACGUGGGUUCUGAACAAUUACGCCCAAGGUACGGAGAGCGAGGCCGACGCCAUUGACUGGGAGAACAAUCUCAAACAGCUGUUAUAUAACGUUCAAGAAGACGCGAAAGAACGUGGUCUUCGUGUGUCAUUCAACACUGAAGUCAGCCUGGAGCAGGAACUCAACAAAUCCAGCAACACCGAUGCGAAGAUUGUCGUCAUCAGCUAUAUCAUCAUGUUUAUCUAUGCGUCCCUUGCUCUAGGCUCAGCGACGGUCACCUGGAAGUCUCUCUUGAACAACCCUGCCAAUGUCUUUGUGCAGUCGAAAUUCACGCUCGGAAUUGUGGGAAUCUUGAUCGUCCUUAUGUCCGUGUCUGCGUCGGUAGGACUGUUUUCAGCAGCAGGAAUCAGGGUGACCUUGAUCAUCGCCGAGGUCAUUCCCUUCCUUGUAUUGGCGGUCGGCGUGGACAAUAUCUUCCUGAUCGUUCAUGAAUUUGAGCGGAUAAAUGUCAGUCACCCCGAUGAAGAGAUUGAUGAGCGGGUUGCUCGUGCCGUAGGAAGGAUUGGUCCCAGCAUUUUCCUAUCGGCCCUGACGGAGACGGUCGCCUUUGCACUCGGUGUGUUUGUGGGCAUGCCUGCCGUCAAGAACUUUGCCAUCUAUGCAGCUGGUGCUGUCUUCAUCAAUGCCAUUCUGCAAAUGACGAUGUUUGUUUCAGUACUGGCUCUGAAUCAAAGGCGGGUGGAGAGUCUUCGUGCAGAUUGCAUUCCAUGCAUUACAGUGCGCAAAGCGACUUCAUCCGGCAUGUUCGAAGAACCCGCUUAUGAGGACCAGGAGGGGGAAAGUCUGACGCAGCAAUUUAUUCGCAAAAUAUAUGCAAACUACCUGCUUGACCGCAGGAUUAAGGUUGCUGUUGUGAUCGUCUUCCUCGGCAUAUUCACUGCUGGCUUGGCUCUUAUCCCGGAAGUGUCUCUCGGAUUGGAUCAGCGUAUCGCUCUUCCAAGCGAUUCGUAUCUGGUAGAGUAUUUCAAUGACCUAGAUGCUUACUUUGGCACCGGUCCUCCAGUCUACUUUGUGACCCGCGAAGUCAACGUGACCGAGAGAAAACACCAGCAGCAGCUCUGUGGACGGUUUACGACCUGCGAAGAAUUCUCCUUGUCGUUUGUCUUGGAGCAGGAGUCUAAGCGACCGAAUGUCUCCUAUAUCUCGGGGUCAGCCGCAAGUUGGGUCGACGACUUCUUUUAUUGGCUGAAUCCCCAGCAAGAAUGCUGCAAGGAAGAUGGGAAGGUCUGCUUUGAGGACCGGACUCCUGCAUGGAAUAUCUCUCUCGACGGCAUGCCCACAGGAAACGAGUUUAUCCACUAUUUGGAGAAGUGGAUUGAAGCACCCACGGAUGCGUCCUGCCCUCUCGGCGGCAAAGCCCCAUAUAGUAACGCGCUUGUCAUCGAUUCAAAGCACGUCAUGACCAAUGCGAGCCAUUUCAGAACCAGCCAUACCCCUCUGAGGAGUCAGGAUGACUUUAUCAAGGCGUACAUCUCAGCCCGUCGCAUCGCGGAUGGGAUCUCCAAAGAACACGGCAUAGACGUGUUCCCUUAUUCCAAACCUUAUAUCUUUUUCGACCAGUAUGUCUCGAUUGUGCGGCUCACAGGCACUUUGCUCGGCUGUGCUAUUGCCAUAAUCUUCACUAUCACGUCAAUCAUCUUAGGCUCUGUCGCCACCGGUGCGGUAGUAACUGCUACGGUAGUGAUGAUUGUUGUGGAUAUUAUUGGCUCCAUGGCUGUUUCUGGGGUAUCACUCAAUGCCGUCUCCUUAGUCAACCUGGUUAUUUGCGUCGGCAUCGGUGUCGAGUUCUGCGCCCAUAUUGCUCGAGCAUUCAUGUUCCCUUCACGCACAAUAAUGGACAAGACACCCACCAAGUUCCGGGGCAAAGAUGCACGAGCCUGGACUGCGUUGGUCAAUGUGGGUGGCAGUGUCUUCAGUGGCAUCACUAUCACCAAAUUACUCGGGGUUUGUGUGCUGGCAUUCACCCGCAGCAAGAUCUUUGAAAUCUACUAUUUCCGUGUCUGGCUAGCAUUGGUCAUCUUUGCCGCUACCCAUGCCCUCAUCUUCCUGCCUGUGGUACUCAGUUAUUUUGGUGGCGAAGGUUAUGCCGAUCCCGGAUCCGACGGUGGUUUGGAAGAAAACCUUGCAUCCAGGGGUUAUCGCGCCCUGCUUGUUGACGAAGACUACGACUCUGAAGAAUUCUAG